GCGUAUCGAUUUUUGUUGAGUGAAGUCAGUGAAGUGAUCGUAGUGUUCGUGUCCUUUAAUUCCUUUAUUUUAGUGACGUUUUUAGAAAAAUAUCUGUGAAUGGGAUUGUGUAACAAGAUAAAACGUUUAUUUGGUGUGUGAUUUUCCAUUAAGGAUGACGAAGGACAGGUUAGCGGCGCUUCAAGCGGCGCAAAGCGACGAUGACGACGUCGGGCCCGACGACGUCAACGUCGCGGUUGAGGAGAGCCCCAUGACCGAAUUCUUCGGUGAGGUGGAAGAGAUACGGGAGAUGAUAGACAAGAUUCAAGCAAACGUGGAAGAGGUAAAGAAGAAGCACAGCGCCAUCCUAUCAGCACCGCAAUCAGAUGAAAAAACAAAGAACGAAUUAGAAGAUCUCAUGGCUGAUAUUAAGAAAACUGCCAACAAAGUCAGAGGAAAGUUAAAACACAUAGAGCAGAACAUUGAACAGGAGGAGCACUCUAACAAAUCAUCGGCCGAUCUCAGGAUAAGAAAGACACAGCACUCGACCCUGUCUCGCAAAUUCGUCGAAGUGAUGACCGAGUACAACCGCACGCAGACGGACUACCGGGACCGCUGCAAAAACCGGAUACUGCGGCAGCUGGAGAUCACCGGCCGGAACACCACGGACGAAGAGCUCGAGACUAUGCUGGAGCAGGACAACCCCGCCGUCUUCACACAAGGGAUAAUAAUGGAGACGCAGCAAGCCAAGCAGACGUUGGCCGACAUCGAGGCGCGGCACGCCGACAUCAUCAAGCUGGAGACGUCCAUCCGCGAGCUGCACGACAUGUUCAUGGACAUGGCGAUGCUUGUCGAGAGCCAGGGCGAGCUCGUGGACCGCAUCGAGCACCACGUGGCGCAGACCCGCGACUACGUCGACACCGGCAACGUCGAGCUCAAGUCCGCCCACAAGUGGGCCGUCAAGGCGAGGAAGAAAAAGAUCUUCAUCAUGAUAUGCCUCGCUGUUACGCUGGUUAUCCUAAUAAUUAUCCUCGCCGUCACAUUGAGUUAGACAAAAGAGGCGAACCACGGGCCAUGGACACGCGGUCAACACAAGACGAUGAUAUUUGCCUGUAUACUGUUUAAUUUGAUCGUCUUUAGUCAUUAGAAGUUCGUAACGUGAUGGACGUUACUUGUGUCGGGUGACGGUAGAUGGUGCAAGGGUAGACAAAUGUUGAGUUAGUAAAAUUACGGGUUGAUUCUACCUUACCUUUCCGGGUAUUCUAAUAUAUAUAAUAUAUUUCUUUAUUGCCAAAUUUUUAUUGCCUUUGGCCAAAAUAAUCCGGUUGGGUUACUUUUCAAGUAUUUUUAACAAUCUCAAUUUCAAAGUCUGCCCUCUUGUCAUCUACAAAGACAUCUAUGGAGAUUUUAAUGUUAUUUUCAUCACACUUGCGUGAUGGGUGGUAUGUUUCAGUUAUGUCACUAAGUCAGGAAAGGUAAAACUCCUUGAAGUUUAAAAAUGUCUUAAUUGUGUAUCAAAUUGUUUUACACUAUGUUCAAUCGUGGCUUAGAACAGUUUUUAAUUUUAGCAAAUGUGAUGAAACACAUUGUGUGUAACAUGGACGAUAUUUAAAUUGUAAACUUAAGUCUUAUUUGACUUUCGUGAUCAAUUUUUGUAAUAUCACCCUUAUUCCACAAUGUACUAUUACUCAUAAUGAACGGUGCUACCUGAGUAGGUUAUUCAAAAUAAUCUGAUCGAUCAGAUGCGCUAUUUUCAGUUCGACCGCUUUCCAAAAAUAAGUUCAGGGCGUCCAUUAAUUACGUUAGCCCUCAUGUUCAGGGGGGAGGGGGUCAAGCCUAAUCUCACUAAAUCUCAGGUGGUGGAGUCGGAGUGGCCAAAAAAAUUGUGUAUAAAUUUGAGAGACUCAGUUUAAUUUAAAGUAAAACAUGUUUCUAGACUAAAAUAUGCCGAAAUUUGACACAAUUCUUCUAGGUAUACAUUAAAAUCCAUGGAUAGAUGUAAAAUUAUUUUGUGUUGAUAUGUUAAAGAUUUGGUUCCCGUCUUCUUUACGACUCUUGAUAAAAAUAAUAAAGCAAAUUGUAUUAUACUCAAAAUACAAAUCUUGAAAGAUCUCAGGUGAGAUCAGGGGGGCGGGAGGAGGUGGAGACAAAUUUCACGACAUCUCAUCAGGGGUUAAAAAAUUCUCAAAACCCCUCGCGUAACUAAUGGGCGGCCCCUUAUAUUUUGGACUGGAAAUGUAUUUCUCAUGGAUGUCUUGUCAAUUUCGUCUGUCUCAAAAGUGUAAAUUAACAGACUAUACAAAUGUAAUUCACUGUUCAUUAAGUAGGCAGUUUUUCCUACUACCUAUGUUCUAUUUUGUGAUAUUCCAACAAGAAACGGCGGCAAGGUGAUUAUAGUUAGACCUAGCUUGGCAACGAUUUUGAUAGCACAUUGCGCAAGUGUUAUUUAAACGUCAUACUUUCAUAGAAGUUUGAUGUUUAAAAUAACAGUGACACAGUCUGGCCUAUCAAAAUCGCUGCCAACUUAGCUUGGUCUAACUUCUAGUAAUGCUUUUAUGAUACCAAUGCCUUACUUGCAAUAAAACUAUUAACAAUUCAUGUGGCGCAAAUCCUUAUAUACCACAACUUAGCGUUCACAUGUGGCUGAAAUUAGUAUUAUAAUAUCUUGUUUAUUAUUGCCUCUUACUCGAAUUCGUACCUAAUAAACAAUUUAAAGACAAUAUAAUGCGAAGUGCAAUAAUAUUAAAUUGUGCUUUAGGUUAAUCGUCGUUAUAGCUUUGCUAUGUUGCCAUGGAUGUCAUUCUGCCAAAUAUAGACAGCGAAGGGUUUGUUGGAUACAUACAUUAUUCUAAACAGAUUAAUUUCUUAUGAAUACGCUGUUAAGAAUAAUAGUAGUUACAAAAAAAUCUAAAUCAUUCACAACAAUGUGGUAGAAAAAUAUGUUCAACAAACUCUUUGCUUAUAGUAUUGGAGAACAAGGACCGGUUGACAUCAGGCGCUUUUGUACCUAAUGAUGUUAAUAUAGGUACUUUAACUUAGAAAAAAAAAUACGAUUUUAAUCAGCUAAUAAAUUAAAUAAUAAACUAUGUAAAUACAAUUGUAUUCUUGUUAGGUGUUGUUAAUAAAACUUAAAAACAUCACAAUUUAUGACCGGUCGUAUUUUAAGUAGGUACAUUAACUUAAUACUUAUGCUUCCUGCUGUUGAUUUGAGAACAAGCUAAAAUAAUUUAUUUAAUAUUUGUAAUAUAUUAAUGUAAUCACGCACAAAUCUAAGAAGUAGAUGAAGUUAGGUAUUUAUUCGCUUAUUCCUUAAUGAAAAUUGUUUAUUUCUCGUUUUCUCUUUCCAUUCACUAAAAGUACGUUGCUGUACUAUUAGUAGGAAAUUUGAGAUUUAGUGAUUAGUCAAUAUAUUUAGAUUUUGUUCAGUCAAUCACUGAGAUGAACACCAGUAUUGUCUAAUAUUAAUAAUUUUAAUGUUUUGCAUAUCCUUCUAUUAUUUUAAAGAAUGCCUAGUAAAAAGCAAACGAAUUUAAAUUAGUGUGGUUUCAACUUAUUUGUUAAAAGAUUAUUGGCUGUCGAUGAUAUAUGUGACACAAGUCACGUGUGUAAAUAGUUUAGAAGAUCUGUUUUAUUUGCUGUUAUAAUCACCACUGGUUUAUAUAAAUGAUUUCAUUAAUUAUAUUUUAUGUUCUGUUAUAUUUUUUAAUUGCCGAUUGAGUUGUAAGUUAAUACAUAUUUAGACCUGUUUUACCAAGGUAUUUUUGCUGUGUGCUACAUUAUUAUGUUAUUCAGCCGUUAGAUAUUUAAAUAACUGUUUUCAAAUAAUCGUAUUGUCUUAUUAAACUGCAUUUAAUAAUAGCAUUUUUUCUAUAAAAAUAUUUCAAACGAAGUAUAAUUUUUAUGUAGGAGAAAUUAGUUCAUUUCUUGUUUAAUUGCACAUCUUGUAUUAUUAUUGUUAACUUGUGAUUAACAAAUAAAUUAUGGUAUAUUGUUUAGAUAAUAACUUCUUUGUAGCUUUACAGAGGUGUUAUUAAACAUAUUCACGUACAGCUUGUCACGCAUUAUAAAUAAUUAAUCGAAAGACUGUGAAAUAUAAUUUAAUGCCAUUCAACAUAUUUUUAUUAUAAGUUACUUAAUAACGUUAAAAUUGUAUCAAGAAGGUACGUCUUAAUUUCGCUAAUAUUACUGUCCGUACAACGGACAUGGCGACCCAAAUUCUUUAUACAAUUUAUAAGUAAAGAAACAUUUCAAUGUUUACUCAAGAUGUAAAUAAUUAUGGUAAGAAGUUUUGAAAAUAAUAUUAUAUUUAUUUUA